AUAGAAAUAGAGAUUGCGUGUGUUUCACACCUAUAAAAUUCUUUUUUCUUUUACAGUUUUUGUUUUUACUGUUUUGCUUGGUCACCAAUUUUAUUACUUAAACUCUGGUAAAUUUCAAUUUGAUCCCUUUGUUAUCCACUGGUUAUAUCACUACUGUCUCUCCUUUGAUAUAAUUCCCAACUUACUCUCUCCUUUUCCAUAAAGUUUGUCAAAGGGUCAUGUGAGAGAGAAGAAGUGUAGAACCAACCAUAAAGUUUUUACAUUUUCCCCCUUUAAAAAGUUAAAAGCUUUUUGAUUUUGUAUAAAAGACUCACUUAAUCACCUCUCUUGCUUCUCUCAUCUCACACACCAUUUCCAUCUCUCCCUCUCUGUUUUGAGUGAACAAGCUGUCAACUUUUUAAAAACCUACAUGAAGGGUUGUCAUAGAAACGGUGAAAUGGCUCCGAAGCUGCUUGACUUGAUGAUUCCACAAGAGAGAAGACCAUGGUUUCACGAUGAGAGUAACUCUGUUUUCAACACAGAGGAGAAGAAGCUUGAGCUAAAGCUUGGACCACCUGGUGGUGGUGAAGACGAGCAUGGUUAUUCGUUAACAAGAGACAUCAAGAAAGAACCUAAAGACAAAUCUAUCCUCUUCUCUCCUUCCACCAAAACCACAUCCCAUAAAAGAACUGCUCCUGGUCCAGUGGUGGGAUGGCCUCCGGUUCGGUCUUUCAGGAAGAACUUAGCGAGUGGAAGCUCUUCAAAGCUUGGAAACAACUCAACAACUUCCAAUGAUGUCGCCCUCAAGAACCAAAAUGAUGAUGUUAAGACAGUGGAACCAAAGAGACAAGGAGGUAUGUUCGUAAAGAUCAACAUGUAUGGUGUUCCCAUUGGUCGUAAAGUCGAUCUCAGUGCUCAUGAUAGCUAUGAGCAGUUAUCUUUCACAGUCGACAAGCUCUUCAGAGGUCUUCUAGCUGCUCAAAGAGACUUAUCAUCGUCUAUAGAAGAUGAGAAACCCAUCACUGGAUUGUUAGAUGGGAAUGGAGAAUAUACUCUUACAUAUGAAGACAAUGAAGGAGACAAGAUGCUUGUAGGAGAUGUCCCAUGGCAGAUGUUUGUGUCUUCUGUUAAGAGGCUGCGUGUGAUUAAAACCUCUGAGAUUUCUUCAGCAUUAACAUAUGGAAAUGGUAAGCAAGAGAAGAUGAGAAGAUGAAGAAAAGGAUAUUUUACAGCUUUUUAAAGAAGUAGAGAGAUGUUAUUAUUAAUGGCAUUUUCCCUUUAAACUUUGAUGAGUUUUUUGGUCUUGACAAGUUUCUGAUUCAAGUCUCUGAUGUACAUUAUGGUUUGUUACAUCUUCUUUUGGCUUUUGAGAGAGAUAUCAUAGAUGGGUUCUGUUGGAAUUCAAGACCAAACAACAGUCCUGCCAAACAAAGAAAUGAUGAUUUUUGUUGGGUAUUGAGAGUAAAUUUACAAAACCCUUAAGGCAUUAUUCACUUUUGUUUUAAAAGCUUUGGUAAUGAUUUGUCACA